UGGACAAGACAGGGUAAUAUUCUCAUUCCGAUCAUGUCUGAAGCAGAUCCCGCACCAAAAGAACUGUUACCAGAGGUUUCCUGUGGAUGCAAAUCGAAGCGAGUCACUGCCGAGAAGCCGGUCUAAAGAGCAACUCGGCUUGCAAAGUAUCCCGCGGAAAAUCGUGCAACAACUCAAAGAGACGGACUGCUACAGAACCCCAUGGUAGCGAAACUCCGACGACUACAGAUGCAUGUGAGGAGGACGGUGGACAAACUACCGUAGAACCCGAUAAUGAUUACUUAACGACCGAUGACGAGGAAAUUAUCGAAGAUGACGUCGACUACGACUUUAAUGACUUUGAUCUUCAAUGAUUUAUCCUACUUGUAAUAGAUUGGGGUGGAUAUAACAUUGAGCCGUAUAUACUUUCAAUUCCACUUACAUGCUAUUGUAGGUUUCAUUGGCUCAAGUGAGGGUUUUUGUACAACUAUAUGUAUGAAAUGUAAAGUAACAAAUGUAAUACAAACAUAUUUGAAUACAAAAAUAAUUUGUUAUACUCUAUCAAAAC